UUUAUUUUGGUUUUCUACUUCGUCACAUGAAAUAUCAAAAAAGAAAACAGAAUUGGACGGAAGAAAAAAUUGGCAAGAACUGUCAGAAUUUAUAUUUCUUUUGCUUUAUGUUUUCUUCCUAUUUGCUGAGUCUGCUUGUUGACGUCGAUUUUCCGUGAAAAUUUGCUGGAUAUAUUGACUAUAAAGUUAUAAUUUGCGAAGUAUAUUCUAUAUUAUUAGAAUUAAUUUUUUUUUUCUGAGUGCUGAAAAAACGUUAGCACAUAAGUAAGAAUAUAAAAAAUAAAUAAAAAUGUGGCGAACGAAACUACAAAUAAUGCUGAAGGUGUUACUGCUAACGGUCUUGCUAAUGCCAGCGACGCAAGCAAAAUCGGAAGCUGGCAAAACUAUUAAAACCUUAACGCCGGGCGCUAAUGUUGCACGUGAACAACGUCCUCUGUUGGCCAACUCCAAAAUAAAAGUUCAAAUCGACUGCGAGCGUAGCGAAGGUUUAGAUAUAAACAUUGAAUGGCAACUAUAUGAGCUACAAUGCUGGACGGAUAAGUUCAUGCGUGAGAAUCAUUUAAGUGAGAAUGAAUAUUUACAAACACAAAACAAGUCAGAAUAUGGCUUCAUUGCCAUGGAUACAAAAACUACAGAAUGUUCAACACAUCCGAUUAUUUUGCCAGAAAAACCAUGGCCCUCACAAGAGUACACAUCAACAGCGGCAGGAAGUGCAGCGCAAUCACCGGCAGCCGCUGCAUUGUCCACUUCCCAGAAAGUGAAUACUACAAGAAGGCAUCCAACCGCGCCCAUAGAGAAAAAUAUAAUCACUAUAGGCAGAGAUGGCAUUUAUGAGUUGACAUUGAAAAUUGAAGCGACCAAAGGCUCUGAAUCGGUAGAUUUCACCGCACAUGUGCAAGUAGAUAUUGUGGGGCCUGAUGGUGGCUAUCUUUCAGCCAUAGACUAUCCACUUUUGGCGUUCUAUGGCAUAAUGUGCGGUGUGUAUGUAGUUUUCGGUAUUAUCUGGCUACUUGUCUCAUUCAUGCAAUGGCGUGAUCUACUGCGCAUACAAUUCUGGAUUGGUGGCGUUAUACUGUUGGGCAUGUUAGAGAAAGCCUUCUUUUACGCCGAAUACUAUAGCUUAAAUACGACAGGCAUAUCUGUUGAGGGCGCUGAAUUGAUGGCAGAAUUUGUAUCGUGCGCCAAACGAACCUUAGCGCGUAUGCUUGUCAUAAUUAUGAGUCUGGGUUUUGGUAUUGUCAAGCCACGUUUGGGUCCAAUGCUACAUCGCGUGGUUGGCGUUGGUACAUUAUAUUUUGUUUUAGCUUGCGUUGAAAGUUAUUUACGUGUGACUAGCACGAAAACCGAUGAGCAGCUGGUGGCGGCUAUACCUUUGGCUGUGCUGGACACAGGCAUUUGUUGGUGGAUAUUCACCUCAUUGGUGCAGACCACCAGAACGUUACGCUUGAGAAGAAAUAUGGUUAAACUAUCGUUGUAUAGACAUUUCACAAACACGUUGAUAUUCUCAGUUAUGGCGUCGGUGUUGUUCAUGUUGUAUGCAUUGCAUGUGCGCAAAACACAAAACUGUACACCGAUCUGGGGUAACAUUUGGUUAGAUACCGCCUUUUGGCAUGUACUCUUUUCCGUUUUGUUGCUAGUGAUAAUGAUUUUGUGGCGCCCCACAAAUAAUAAUCAACGUUAUGCAUUUACACCGCUACUCGAUGCUCCGGACGAUGAGGAUGAUGACGUUUUUUGCAUCACCACAGAAGAAGACCAAUUCGUCGCUGACGCUUACGGCGUGAAAAUGCGUAACUCGCAUGCAAAUGGUGGCACCAAAACACCACCACAACGUGCCACAACAACCGAAGAAGAUGAUCUACGUUGGGUGGAAGAGAAUAUACCAUCAUCAAUGGCUGAUCCAGCGUUGCCGGUUUUAGAUUCGGAUGAGGAAAUAAUAAAUACGAAAUUCGAAGUUUCGAAAAUGCAAUAAAGUUAAGGGUUU